AUGGAGCCAAACAAGGAUAAGCGAAUGGGCAAAAAGACCAGCGUAUUGCCAAGUGUCGCUCGCAAUCAGAGAUGCAGAGUAAAAGGGAGAUUUUCAAAUGCAAAUAAAGAAAAUAUUCCUGCAAGAAUGACUAUGUCUGAAUCGUGCUCUACGGGUAUAUCGAGAUAUACCGCAAAUGUCGCCAAAAACCCACGUCAAGCAAAUAUUGUGGCAACUUUUCCGCCAAACUGA